GAUGUUAGAUGGAUUGGCCCUUUUGGCCAAGGGGCGCUAUAUGAAAAGGCGACAGAGGGAAAUCCUGAUGUCAUGCAGCUGCUGUUAGGCGAUAAUAGAUUUGACGUGAAUUUGAUGGACCGUUAUGACCGCACCACGAUAUAUGCCGCUGCAUACAAAGGGCAGGGGGUAGCCGUACGCUGCUUGCUUGGUGGAAAAGUGCCACAAUUAAGCUACAGUACUCUUAGGGCCGGACGCUAUUGCAUAUUGCUACACGGGGGGAAGACGUAGAUAGGGGCAUAGUUGUUAAAAUGUUGCUAGACCACAGGAGACUCUACGUGAAUAUACGGGAUGGAGGGGCCAGACACCCCUGCUCUUCACAGCGGACCAUAACAAUUACCCCGGAGAACCCGAAGACGAGGCACAAAUCGCGACUCAAGUAGCAUUGGUACGUUAUCUACUAGAGAAUGAAGGAAUCGACGUUCGGCCAGGGGAUCGAUCCCUCCGGUCGUAGAGUACUACAUCUUGCAUUUAUGGACGGACGUGUUUGUCUAGCCGCUCAAAAGUUCCUGCUAGACGACAAAAGAGUUGAUGCCAAUAAAAGGGACAGUCAGGAGUGGCAGCGAUUCAGCCCUGCGGGUUUUGCGGGACGAUACUAGACCCGACAUUAGUCUCCGGGAUUGCAAUGACCGGACAACCCUCCAUGUUGCGAUAACAGAGGCCGAGGGCGAGGGAAUGGUGAAAAUGUUACUCACAGGUCCUCGAGUCAAAGUCAACCUUAAGGACAACAAAGGCUGGGCACCAUUACAUUCGUAACUUGCGAAUGGUUAGACGAUUUGGUAGAACUACUCUUGGGCGCCAAAGACAUCGAGGCCAACCUCCAGGGCCACGAAAGCAAGCCACCCCUCCUUGUCGCGGCCGUCCAAGGGUGUGAAGUUGUAAUAGAGCUUCUACUCUCAAAUGAGAGAGUUGACGUAAACUCGGCUAAUAGUCGCGGUCAGACGCCGCUCUAUUUUGCAGCGUUAGAAGGUGGUGAGGAGGUGGCGAAGCUCUUGCUCAAGGAGAAAAAA